AUGGAGGGCGGUGAUCCUCUCAAGAGGAAGCCUUGCGCAAAGUGCCGUACACAAAAAAGAAAGUGCCCCGAAGACUGCCUGUUGGCCCCAUACUUCCCUGCCGCCAAGCGCCGAAGCUUCCUCAGCGUCCAUAAAGUUUUCGGCUCAGGCAAAGUGGCGAAAGCCUUAAAGGGGUUGCCCGAGGAUCAGCGAGCGGCCGCCGCGAGUAGUAUGGUGUCCGAAGCGGAUGCCCGCAUAAAGGACCCGGUCAAUGGCUGCAUCGGGGAGAUAAAUGGACUUCGAGCAGAAGUAGAGAUGCUUCGGGGCCUGCUCGCCGAAUGCGAGCCCGAGGUGGCCCGUCUUAAAGCACUGGUCGAGACAGGCCAGGCUAAAACCGAUCCGAGACCCAACGAGGCCGGGUCGCCCCUCCCACCGGCUUAA